AUGUUGAAGAUAUGGAGCAUGAAACAGCAGCAACAGAAGAAUGAGGCGGCAUCGGGGCAGAGCAAGAAGAAGAAAGUCACGGCGGCACAGUUGCGCGUGCAGAAGGGUAAGUGCAGUUGCAGUUGCAGUUUGCAGCAAGCCCGUCCUGGCAAAAACGAUUUCACACAGAGACAAACAUAACCGGUUUAACCCCGCGAACCCAACAGAUCUCUCCGAACUCUCCCUGGGCAGCACCAUGAAAACGCACUUCCCCAACCCGGACGACAUCCUCAACUUCACCCUCACCCUCACCCCGGACGAAGCCCUCUACAAGGGCGGCAUCUUCAACUUCACCUUCACCAUCUCCCAAAACUUCCCCCACGAGCCGCCGAAAGUCAAAUGCAAGGAGAAGAUCUACCACCCCAACAUCGACCUCGAGGGCAACGUGUGUCUGAACAUCCUGCGCGAGGACUGGAAACCCGUGCUGAAUCUGAACGCCGUGAUUGUCGGCUUGCAGUUCUUGUUCCUGGAGCCCAACGCGAGCGAUCCGUUGAAUAAGGACGCCGCGAAUGAUCUCAUGACGGAUCGGGAUCGGUUCAAGAGGAAUGUCCGGAGUGCUAUGGCGGGGGGGAGUGUCAAGGGGGAGAGCUUUGAUCGGGUGAUGAAGUGA